CGCCGGGGGCCGACGGGGAUCGUGCUCGGCGGAGGCUCGGGCUGUGGACAGCUGCGACUCCGCUGGCACGGGGGAGGGACCGCUCUGCCGCUGCUGCCCCGGCGCCGGCGGCGGCCGCGAAAGACCUCCCUCCCCGGCCGUCAGCAGCUCCACCACGGACUCCCGCAGGCUGCGGGCGGCGUCCCGGGGGCUCCCCAGCCGGCCCGAUCGGACUUAAGAAGGUGAUAGCUUUGCUCCCCUAAUCCCCUCUCCACCCCCUUCCCCCCACUUAACUUUUUUUUUUUUCUCCGUUCUCCUCGCGGUUGCGUCUCGUCCCCCGCUACAAACCCACCCGCUGCUGUGCCAACCGCCCGGGGCAUGGGCCCCCCAACAGGGCUCCUGGAGGCUCCUCGGCCUCGCAAGAUGUGAGAGGCCCGCUCGGGGCAGAACCAGAUCUUCAGCAGAGGAGCGGAUCGCCCCCGGCCUCCACACGCCAGGCGGGCUGGCGGUGCGCGCUGCGCCCCUGCGGCGCUGAGCGUCCCGGAGCGCCCAGUCCGGGGCCGGUACGAGUGGCUGGCCGGAGGCGCGCGGCGGACAGCAGGCUGUCAUGCUGUAUUGAUCGCCUCUUGCCCCCCCGCCAAGUAUGUUUGGGCUGGACCAAUUCGAGCCCCAGAUCAACAGCAGGAACCCUGGCCAGGGCGAAAGGAACUUUCACGAGACCGGACUGAGCAUGAACGCCCACUUUAAGGCCCCGGCUUUCCACACCGGGGGGGCCCCUGGCCCCGUGGACCCUGCCAUGAGCGCGCUGGGCGAGCCCCCGCUCCUGGGCAUGAGCAUGGAGCCGUACGGCUUCCACGCGCGCGGCCACUCAGAGCUGCACGCAGCGGGGUUGCAGGCGCAGCCUGUGCACGGCUUCUUCGGCGGCCAGCAGCCUCACCACGGCCACCCGGGAGGCCACCACCCCCACCAGCACCACCCCCACUUCGGGGGCAACUUCGGGGGCCCGGACCCGGGCGCCUCGUGCCUGCACGGGGGUCGCCUGCUCGGCUACGGUGGCGCAGCCGGCGGCCUGGGCAGCCAGCCGCCCUUCGCGGAGGGUUACGAGCACAUGGCCGACAGCCAGGGGCCAGAGAGCUUCGGUCCGCAGCGGCCGGGAAACCUCCCGGAUUUCCACAGUUCGGGCGCCUCCGGCCACGCUGUGCCUGCCCCCUGCCUGCCGCUGGACCAGAGCCCUAACCGGGCCGCCUCUUUCCACGGCCUGCCCGCUUCCAGCGGCUCGGACUCGCACAGCCUGGAGCCCCGGAGGGUGACCAGCCAAGGGGCCGUCGACUCGCUGGAAUACAAUUACGCGGGCGAGGGCCCCCCGGGACAUUUUGACAUGUUCUCGCCCUCUGACUCCGAGGGUCAGCUGCCUCAUUAUACAGCGGGUCGCCAGGUUCCUGCUGGCGCUUUCCCGGGCGCCUCGGCCAUGCCCAGAGCCGCGGGCAUGGUGGGUUUGUCCAAAAUGCACGCCCAGCCCCCGCCGCCGCCGCCGCCGCCGCCGCCGCAGCAACAGCAGCAGCAGCCCCCGCAGCAGCCCCCGCAGCAGCCGCACGGGGUGUUCUUCGAGAGAUUCGGCGGCGCCCGCAAGAUGCCUGUGGGACUGGAGCCCGGAGUGACCUCCAGGCACCCGCUGAUGCAGCCUCCCCAGCAGGCCCCGCCGCCCCCGCAGCCGCAGCCCCCGCAGCAGCCGCCGCAGCAGCCGCCGCCGCCGCCACCCGGGCUGCUCGUCCGGCAAAAUUCGUGCCCGCCUGCGCUCCCGCGGCCCCCGCAGGGCGAGGCGGGCACGCCCAGCGGCGGCCUGCAGGACGGGGGCCCCAUGCUGCCGAGCCAGCACGCGCAGUUCGAGUACCCCAUCCACCGGCUCGAGAACCGGAGCAUGCACCCCUACUCCGAGCCGGUUUUCAACAUGCAGCACCCCACUCCGCAGCAGGCGCCCAACCAGCGGCUGCAGCAUUUCGACGCGCCCCCGUACAUGAACGUGGCCAAGAGGCCGCGCUUCGACUUCCCGGGCAGCGCGGGAGUGGACCGCUGCGCAUCGUGGAACGGGAGCGUGCACAACGGGGCUCUGGACAACCACCUCUCGCCCUCCGCCUACCCGGGCCUGCCGGGCGAGUUCACGCCGCCCGUGCCCGACAGCUUCCCCUCGGGGCCUCCCUUGCAGCACCCGGCACCGGACCACCAAUCCAUGCAGCAGCAGCAGCAGCAGCAGCAACAGCAGCAGCAGCAACAGCAGCGCCAAAACGCGGCCCUCAUGAUCAAACAGAUGGCGUCGCGCAAUCAGCAGCAGCGGCUUCGCCAGCCCAACCUGGCCCAACUAGGCCACCCCGGGGACGUGGGCCAGGGCGGCCUGGUGCACGGCGGCCCGGUGGGCAGCUUGGCUCAGCCGAACUUUGAGCGCGAAGGCGGCAGCGCCGGCGCGGGGCGCCCGGGCGCCUACGAGCAGCAGGCGCCGCACUUGGCGCAGGAGAGCGCGUGGUUCCCAGGGCCGCACCCGCCGCCGGGAGACCUGCUGGCCCGCAGGAUGGGCGGCUCCGGGCUGCCGGCUGACUGCGGCCCGCACGACCCCAGCCUGGCGCCUCCCCCUGCUCCGGGAGGCCCGGGGGUGCUGUUCCGGGGCCCUCUGCAGGAGCCGCUGAGGAUGCCCGGAGAAGGCCACGUGUCCGCGCUGUCCUCGCCGGGCCUGCAGUUCGGGGGCGGCCUGGCCGGCCUGGGCCCGCUGCAGUCGCCUGGGGCUGGGGUGGGGCUGCCCAGCGCGGCUUCGGAGCGCCGGCCCCCACCGCCACCGCCGCCGGACUUCGCCGCGCCGGCGCUCGGGGGCCAGCCGGGCUUCCCGUUCGGCGCAGCAAGCCGGCAGGCCACGCCGCACAGCGGCCCGGGCGUGAACUCGCCCCCGAGCGCGGGCGGGGGCAGCGGCGGCGGCGGCGGCGGGGGCGGCUCGGGCGCGGGCAGCGGCGGGGGCGGCGGGGGUGCUUACCCGCCGCAGCCGGACUUCCAGCCCAGCCAGCGCGCCUCGGCCAGCAAGCUGGGCGCGCUCUCGCUGGGCUCCUUUAACAAGCCCAGCUCCAAGGACAACCUGUUUGGCCAGAGCUGCCUGGCCGCGCUCUCCACGGCCUGUCAGAACAUGAUCGCCAGCCUCGGGGCCCCUAACCUGAAUGUGACCUUCAACAAAAAGAACCCGCCGGAGGGCAAGAGGAAACUGAGCCAGAACGAGGCGGACGGCAGCGCAGCCGGGGCGGGUAACCCCGGCUCGGAUUACUUCCCGGGAGGGACUGCGCCCGGGGCCCCGGGGCCCGGAGGCCCGUCGGGGACCAGCCAAGGCGGCAGCUCCAAAGCCGCGGGGCCACCCAACCCGCCCGCGCAGGGGGACGGCACCAGCCUGUCCCCCAACUACACCCUGGAGUCCACCUCGGGGAACGACGGCAAGCCGGUCCCCGGGGGCGGCGGCCGGGGCCGGGGGCGCAGAAAAAGGGACAGUGGCCACGUGAGCCCCGGGACCUUCUUCGACAAAUUCUCCGCGGCUGCGGACAGCGGGGGCGCGCCUGGGGUGAGCCCGGGGCAGCCGCCGCCGCCGCCGCCGCCGCCGCCGCCACCGCCCGGCGCGGCCGUCGUGGUCGUCGGGGCGGGCUCGGCGAGCGAGGCGCGCGGCGCGCCGACGCCCCACGAGAAGGCGCUCACGUCGCCGUCGUGGGGGAAGGGGGCCGACUUGCUCCUAGGGGACCAGCCCGACCUCAUGGCGUCCCUGGACGGCGGGGCCAAGGGGGCUGGGAGCUCGCCGCACGUGGGGGAGUUUGCCUCGGACGAGGUGAGCACGAGCUACGCCAACGAGGACGAGGUGUCAUCCAGCUCCGACAACCCUCCGGCCCUGGCCAAAGCGAGUAGGAGCCCGCUGGUGACCGGCUCGCCCAAACUGCCUCCCCGUGGGGUGGGCGCCGGGGAGCACGGACCUAAGGCGCCCCCGCCCGCGCUCGGCCUGGGCAUCCUGUCUACCUCUACCUCGACGCCUGACAGCUAUGGCGCGGGCGGGGGCGCCGGCCACCCUGGCACGCCGGGCCUGGAGCAGGUCCGGACCCCGACCAGCAGCAGCGGCGCGCCGCCGCCGCCCGACGAGAUCCACCCGCUGGAGAUCCUCCAGGCCCAGAUCCAGCUACAGAGGCAGCAGUUCAGCAUCUCCGAGGACCAGCCGCUGGGGCUCACGGGUGGCCGGAAGGGCGAGUGCGCCGUCGAGGCGUCCGGCGCGCGCAAUGGAGACAGCGAGUUGGGCAGCUGCUGCUCCGAGGCCGUCAAGAGCGCCAUGAGCACCAUCGACCUGGACUCCCUGAUGGCUGAGCACAGCGCCACCUGGUACAUGCCCACCGACAAGGCCCUGGUGGACGGCGCGGACGACGACAAGACGCUGGCGCCUUGGGAGAAGGCCAAGCCCCAGAACCCCAACAGCAAAGAAGCCCACGACCUCCCCGCGAGCAAGGGGUCAGCCUCGCAGCCCGGCAGCCAUCUGCAGUGCCUGUCCGUCCACUGCACGGACGACGUGGGCGACGCCAAGGCCCGCGCGUCCGUGCCCACCUGGAGGUCCCUGCACUCCGACAUCUCCAACAGAUUUGGGACGUUUGUGGCCGCCCUGACUUGAAGCGACGACGAGAGAGACCCCCUUCCCAGCCAGGCCCUGCCCCCCCCCUCCACCCUUGUCCAUCUGAAAGUGCCACUCCCGAGUGGCUGAUGGCGAUUUUUUGUUUUCCUUGGUUGGUACCUGCUUGGUGGCGUCUGGACCGGAAGGGGUUAAUUUAAAGGGGAGAUAGAAACCCCCCACCCCCUGCAAAAGCUUUUUUUUUUUUUUUUAAAGAAACUGUCAAGGCCACCGACAAUGUCACCAGUGUUAACCCUUCUGCAGUUAGCAACUUUUCCUUCAGCCUCUGUGCCGGCUCUCCGUAAUCUAGGCUCCUUCUUUCCACGCCUUCUUUCUCGUUUUACUCCCGAUGCUCUGUGUCCACCGCUACUGCAUAAUCAGACGCGAGCUGCCUCCCUUUUUAUUCUCUUUUACUUUCUCUCUCUCGUCUCCCUGCCCCCUCCCCCUCCUCCUCCUCCUCCUCCUCUCUCUUGCUCUCUCUCUCUCUCUUUUUCCUUUGUUCACUGCUUGUUAAAAUGAAAAUCUUGGAGGAUAGUGCUUCUGGAAUAUUGCCAGGUGAAAGUCAAAUUGUCAUCAUGAUAUUAUAUAUUGACACCCAACUGUCAUCAGUCAGACAGGAGCCCAACAAUUAAUGGCCCCCUUACGUAUUGCGCCUGGGGUUUUGUGUUGUCUGUGCCCUGAGAGAAUAGAUGGAUUUUUGUUCCUACAAACACAGCCCUCAGCCCUCAGCCUCCUUCCCUUCCACACUCUCUCCUGCUGGAAGCUGGCUCUCUCGGCAGCCGACACAAUGAUGCGUCCAGCCUGCUCUGGGAGAAGGAGUUGGAAUGUUCUGGAAUGUUCUGGAAUGUUUGACAGUGGUGUUUUUUCUCCCCCUUUCUGGGCCUCCUAGCAAGCUUCCAGGCUCCACAUUUGUGCACUCCAUGCAAAGCAGCCUUGGGUGUGCAUGGUGGGGGUGGUGACUGCCCUUCCUGCCUAUGCACACUUUGGGCAGGGGUGGGGGUGGGAAGGGCUACAGGCUCCGGCCCUUGCUGCAACACCGGGCUGGCUCAUCCUUGGAGCUGUGGGAAGAUGGAGUCUGCACUCUCGCCCUUUCUUGGCCUGGCAUCCUGGGGAAGAAGGAGGGGGCCAAGUGUGCCUCCCCCACCCUGGGCAGCCUCUGUCCCUGGGUCCCCUCCUCCAGGCUCAGCCUGCAGGGCCCUGCAGCCCCACCCCACGGGGUUCUCCUUCUCUGAGCCCGGCUUCCCUGCCUGAGUCUGUGGUCUGCAGAGCUGGAGGAGCGGGAAGGACAUGGCUUCCUGGCUUUUAGUUUUUACCCCUGGAACUCCCACCGGCCUGGCCUGUGGCGUCAGUCCCACCUGGUUGCAAAAGUCAGAGCCACGCCCCCAUGCGGCUUCGCCUUGGGUGCUGUCGGCACCUGCAGACGUUUGUGGGGGCUCUGGGGUGGGGGGAGCAGAGCUGCCAGGGAAGGUGAGACCACGAGCAGCCGGUCCCAGCGCCUCCCCCCGCCCUUGACCUUGGUGUUUCUGUCUGUUUUGUUCCGAGCAAGCUCCAUCUUGCAUCUCCCUCUGCCCCGUGGCGCAGCGGCUGUAGCCCUGCCUGCUUCCAGCGCUGACCUGAGGGCUUUGGGCUGAUGUGCAGCUCCUACAGUGUCCAGUUCACGGAACCUUUCAGCAAAGAGAGAGAAGCUUCCAGAAAACCCCUCUCCCCCCACCCCUCUCUCUGUCUCUCUGUCUCUCUCCCCUCCCUCCUGCUUCCUGUUUCUUGGCCGGGUGCGGUUCUCGCCUGGGCAGUCUGACGGGGGCGGCACGGGCUGCCACCAGGAGCAGGUGGCACGCACCGCCCGCGUGGGGAGAGCAGGGAGGGAGUCUCUCCCCGGCCGCUUGGCCACGUUUGAGCAGAACCCCACCUCGCCUCCUGCGAGAGCUUCCUCACUUCCCUUCGACAAACAGGACUGAGUUCCCCGUGAUUGCUUAAGGGGGGGAACAGAGCGUCUCCUGCCUUUGACUUCCCCAGCCCACGUGGAGGAGGCGUCGGCCGGCAGUUCCCCGGGCUCGGCAAUCCUGGAAGCCCCCCAACUUUGCAACGUUCUUGCUCCUUGCCACCCCGGAUCGGAGCAGCUUUAACAAUCGCCUUAAGCAAACGGAUGUCAUUUCAGUCGGUUUGGUUCAAUGGAAGGAGUAGCAGCAAAUGGGACAGACACCCGCCGCCCGUAGAUCCACCCUGCGUAGCAAACUCUUCGGGAAAGAACACGAAAAUGGUAUUGCACAUGUAAAAUAUGAAAACUUAACUCUACUGUGUGUUAAGCAAUCCUGUAAUCUUUUUUGACUUUUAAAAGAAAUUCAUUUCUGAAAUGCUUGGUUGGAAGACUGUGACAAUAGCUCAUGAAAUUGAGUGUUAUUUUUUUCUUUCUUUUUAAAAAAAUAUGUAAAGUGCGGUCUUCUGUAUCCACGCAUAUUGUAUAUACCUGUAUAUGUUUUCCUGAGCAGCUAAAGGACAAUAAAUAUGACCUUAA